AUGGCCACCGCUUUAGUCAUAUUCAUGGACCAGGCGAACUCAACAACUUCUUGCUUGCCUCUCUGCUGGAGGCUGAGAUGUCUUCCAAGGACAAGCCAACAUCCACCGGCCCCCAUUUUCCGACCCCCUCCCCCUGCUGCCCAUGGGCCACUCGAUGAGGGUACUGGCAUUGGAGUUUCUUCCGACAUCCUCAUGCAGGCAUUGGACCACCUAGGUCGCCCAGCCUCCCCUCCUCGCAUCCCUGCUUCCAAGAAGUGUAAGGGUGUCGAUCGUCUGGUGCCACCUCCUCAGAAGAAGAGCAAGGUUGCCUACUCCUGCCCUGGUCUGCCUCUGCCAAUCAAUCAUGCUACUAAACCCAAGCCCCAUCUGACAACGUGGGCAGGGAUUGCUCGUCAGGUCACGCUGAUGCCUCCUCUGCCUCCUGGCUUGGGACCGCAAUGUCACAGGCCUUCUCCCCUACCCUCAUUUCCGACAGGGCCAAUGAAGACCUCUCCUCAUCGAUCCGUCCCCUCUUUCACUUCCAAGGGCCCCACCCGGAAGCAGGUUCUCAUGUCGUUUGGGGGUACCCCUCCCAACCUCACAAAGUUUUUCACCGAGUCGGCUGUGCAUGCGGCCAAUGGGUACCUCAGGGAUGGCCGUUCCAUGUUGAAGGUCACCUCCAUCAUCCGUGCCUAUGAUGGCCUGUUGUUGGUCACCCCAGCUGUUGCCAGUCCGUCUGACCUGGACAUUCUGCACAACUUCAUCCGUGAAAGCCUCCCAAUGGGUACCCCAUUUGAGGUUGUGCUCCCAUCAUCGACGUCUUUUAUAAAGAUCCUUGACGUUCCUUACUUCAAUCUGAAGGGGUUGAAGAUCACCCAGGAGGCACUUGAAAAGGCCCUCCGCACCUCGGUUCAUGCUGAGGUUUUUGCAUAUCUGAGCACCAAGCCUCAGAUAGAUCGCAACUCCGUGCACUUGACAUCGUGCACUGUCUACUGCAACCUUUGGGACUCGCAGCAGGGGACCCACGCCAAGAAGGCCCUUGGCCAACUGAUCUUCCUUGCUGGACAGUCCUGUGCAAUCAGGACCGCUGCUGCAUGA